CCCCACUCUGUUUCAACCCCAUUUUUUCCUAUAAAUUUUCAGCAAUUCCACUCUUUCAAUCACAACACUUCAUUGUGUAUCCCUUCUCUGUUCUCCAUUUUUGCGUUUGGUUUUUUUGCUGAGAAUUUUCUGAUCAGAAGAAGCUAUGGCUGAACGAGCUAUCACUCGGGUUCACAGCAUUCGUGAACGUCUCGACGAGACACUUGCUGCUAACCGCAAUGAGAUUGUGGCCUUACUUACAAGAAUUGAAGGUAAGGGAAAAGGAAUUCUUCAACACCACCAGAUCAUUGCUGAAUUUGAGGCAAUUCCUGAAGAUAGCAGAAAGAAACUAUUGGAGAGUGUUUUUGGUGAAGUUCUGAGAGCAGCUCAGGAAGCAAUCGUUGUGUCUCCAUGGAUUGCCCUUGCUGUGCGCCCAAGGCCCGGUGUGUGGGAGUAUCUCAGAGUGAAUGUUCAUGCUCUUGCUGUUGAGGAGUUGAAAGUUGCCGAGUAUCUUCACUUCAAGGAGGAACUUGUUGACCCAAGUCAAAAUGGCAACUUUGUGCUUGAGUUGGACUUUGAACCAUUCAAUGCAUCUUUCCCUCGCCCAACACUCUCGAAGUACAUCGGAAAUGGUGUUGAGUUCCUCAACCGUCACCUUUCCGCGAAAUUGUUUCAUGACAAGGAGAGCUUCCAUCCUCUGCUUGAAUUUUUGAAGGUCCACUGCCACAAGGGGAAGAACAUGAUGCUGAAUGACAAAAUUCAGAACUUGGAUUCCUUGCAAUAUGUUCUGAGGAAGGCAGAGGAGUAUCUCAUUACAUUGCCAGCCACAACUCCUUGCUCCGACUUUGAGAGCAAAUUCCAGGAAAUUGGCUUGGAGAAAGGGUGGGGUAACACCGCUGAGCGCGUUCUUGAAAUGAUCCAACUUCUUUUGGAUCUCCUUGAGGCUCCUGACCCAUGCACUCUAGAAACUUUCCUCGGUAGAAUCCCAAUGGUUUUCAAUGUUGUGAUUAUGUCGCCUCACGGAUACUUUGCGCAGGACAAUGUUUUGGGUUAUCCUGAUACUGGAGGCCAGGUUGUUUAUAUCUUGGAUCAAGUUCGUGCCUUGGAGACUGAAAUGCUUCAGCGUAUUAAGCAACAAGGACUUGAUAUCAUUCCCCGUAUUCUCAUUAUCACUAGACUUCUCCCUGAUGCAGUUGGAACCACCUGUGGUCAGCGUCUAGAGAAAGUCGAUGGAUCUGAGCAUUCAGAUAUCCUUCGUAUUCCGUUCAGAACUGAAAAGGGAAUUGUCCGUAAAUGGAUCUCGCGUUUCGAAGUCUGGCCCUAUCUAGAGACUUUCACCGAGGAUGUUGCCACUGAAAUUAGCAAGGAGUUUCAGGGCAAGCCUGAUUUGAUCAUCGGGAAUUACAGUGAUGGCAACAUUGUUGCUACGCUGCUGGCGCACAAAUUAGGUGUUACAGAGUGUACCAUUGCCCAUGCUCUCGAAAAAACUAAAUACCCGGAAUCAGACAUCUACUGGAAAUCGAUGGACGAGAAGUACCAUUUCUCUUGCCAGUUUACUGCAGAUCUUAUAGCCAUGAAUCACACAGAUUUCAUCAUCACUAGUACUUUCCAAGAAAUCGCUGGAAGCAAAGACACUGUUGGUCAAUACGAGAGCCACACGGCUUUUACACUUCCGGGACUGUAUAGAGUUGUUCACGGUAUAGAUGUGUUUGAUCCCAAGUUCAACAUUGUCUCCCCCGGAGCUGAUGAGGAAAUCUACUACCCCUACACAGAGACAGACCGUAGGUUGACUGCUUUCCAUCCGGAAAUUGAAGAGCUUCUCUACAGCCCUGUUGAGAAUAAAGAACACCUAUGCGUGCUAAAAGAUCGCAACAAGCCAAUCAUAUUCACCAUGGCAAGGCUGGAUAGAGUUAAGAAUUUAGGUGGGCUUGUAGAGUGGUAUGGAAAGAAUGCCAAGCUUCGUGAAUUGGCUAACCUAGUUGUCGUUGGUGGCGAUAGAAGAAAGGAGUCUAAAGAUCUUGAAGAGCAAGCUGAGAUGAAAAAAAUGCACGGUCUUAUCGAGAAAUAUAAUCUGAAUGGUCAGUUCAGAUGGAUUUCUUCCCAAAUGAACCGGGUGAGGAAUGGUGAACUCUACCGAUACAUCUGUGAUGGCAAGGGAGUGUUCGUUCAGCCUGCUAUAUACGAGGCUUUUGGAUUGACUGUUGUUGAGGCCAUGUCCUGUGGUUUACCAACUUUUGCUACUUGCAAUGGUGGCCCCGCUGAGAUUAUUGUGCAUGGAAAAUCUGGAUUCCAUAUCGACCCUUACCAUGGUGAUCAGGCUGCCGAGCUCCUUGUCGAAUUCUUCGAGAAGAGCAAAGUUGACCCGUCUCACUGGGACAAGAUCUCCCACGGAGGCCUGCAACGUAUCCAGGAGAAGUACACAUGGAAAAUCUAUUCUCAGAGGCUAUUGACCCUCACUGGUGUAUAUGGAUUCUGGAAACAUGUAUCUAAACUCGACCGCCGUGAGAGCAAGCGUUACAUUGAGAUGUUCUAUGCCUUGAAGUACAAGAAACUGGCCGACUCGGUUCCUCUAACCGUUGAGUAAAUCUGAACCAAGAGAGAAACAUUGGAUGGUUUGUGAGUUUUGAAGGUUCAAGUGGGAAGUUUUGAAGUUGUGAAGAAUAAAUAUUGUCAAUUUCACAAUUGUGAUUGGCUAAAAAACCAAGGCUUUCCAUUGCUUCAUUUGAUCUUCUUUUUUUUCCAUUCCUUUUGUUUUUCCUUUUCAAUUUGCUUUUUGCAGCAUUUUAUGCAAUUUGGCUAUUGAGCCUCUUCAAUUUCAGUAAAGGUUGUGUCUUUUUUUGGGUCA